AUCCCCUGCACUGUGUCCGCAGUCUCUGGUCAUUCCCUUGCACUGUGUCCGCAGUCUCUGGUCAUCCCCUGCACUGUGUCCGCAGUCUCUGGUCAUCCCCUGGUCCGCAGUCUCUGGUCAUCCCCUGCACUGUGUCCGCAGUCUCUGGUCAUCCCCUGCACUGUGUCCGCAGUCUCUGGUCAUCCCCUGCACUGUGUCCGCAGUCUCUGGUCAUCCCCUGCACUGUGUCCGCAGUCUCUGGUCAUCCCCUGCACUGUGUCCGCAGUCUCUGGUCAUCUCCUGCACUGUGUCCGUCCGCAGCACUCCGCAGUCUGGUCAUCUCCUGCACUGUGUCCGCAGUCUCUGGUCAUCUCUCCUGUAACUGUGUCCGCAGUCUCUUGGUCAUCCCCCGUAACUGUGUCUGCAGUCUCUGGUCAUCUCCUGCACUGUGUCCGCAGUCUCUGGUCAUCCCCUGUACUGUGUCCGCAGUCUCUGGUCAUCUCCUGUACUGUGUCCGCAGUCUCUGGUCAUCUCCUGUACUAUGUCCGCAGUCUCUGGUCAUCUCCUGUACUAUGUCCGCAGUCUCUGGUCAUCUCCUGUACUAUGUCUGCAGUCUCUGGUCAUCUCCUG